ACAUCGAAAGAUUAUUACGGACCUUGGGAUCUAGGAAACCGACUCCAGAAAAACGUUAAAAUCCAGACAAACGAAGAAGAUAAAAUAAUCAAACCCUAAAACAACAAGUCCUCAAGUCCCUUGCGGCGCAGAUGAUACAAACGCCGCGAGACGAUAAGACCAGAUAGCGAAGAGAGAAAAUCAAAUAAAAAAGUGAAAAAAGAGCAGACGGGAAAAAGAGAAGGAAAAUGUCUCGCCAGCUCGUUGCCUGCAUGUUGAACGUCUCAGAAGCGAGGAGGAAAGAUGUCGUGGAGAAAAUCGCCAAGGAGGCUCUGGCUGCCGUGAAUCCGCCAAGGGUCAAGCCGAUCUCCUCUGACUGGGCUAUCAACGCCACGGUUCUCAAUAUAUUUCAGGACAUUGACUACAACAGAUCGGUUAUUACCUUAGUUUCCAGUGAGGAUUGUAUAGGCCCUUGUGUAGAAGCAGCGUGUGAAAAGGCCUAUGAGCUGAUAGACCUCAGCCACCACGAGGGCGUCCAUCCGAGGCUGGGUGCUGUGGACCUCGUGCCUCUUCACCCCAUUUCAGAGGGCGUUUCUCUGCCUAACCUCGGCCAGGUUGCGCGUGGUACUCUGAAAUAUCACCAAACACCUCAUGGCUACAUCAAGCAGGAAAUGGUCUGUAAAAUUAAACAAUAUCAAUAUUUAAGCUUGUUUCUGUUUCUUCUUUUAGGGAUUAUGCAAUAUCAUAAAAUAUUUGAAAUUAGCCAGGAUAAAGCUUGGUGUAUAUAAAACAGUUAUUUAUUUUCUAAGCUUAUUUAUAGAUUAGAUAUAAGAAAUAGCAAAAAAGCCCAUGGCAUUAGGUCUUAUGCAUUAUUGCAUUGCACUUUGAUGUAUAUUAGAAUAGAUCAUGCAUGCCUGCUGUUUUACUUUACAUGCUGGUAUUUGUUCACAUGAUGCUACAUUAUUACUAUGCAGUUAAAUUAUUGUGCUUGGUCUACAUAAUUGAUAUCAAGUUAUGAAUUGUUAGAAUAUUUUCAGUCAGACUGUGGACGGAACACUGGAAGGGCAAGCUCUUCCAAAUAUUUUCUGUUUGAAACCAGUCAAUAUGCAUCAAAAUUUGUGAUAUUGCAGAUGUGUUAUCAGGAACUGGUUGAGAAUAAAACACCCAUGUGACUAUGCCUUUAGGUAGACAUGAUAUGUCUUCAAUUAGUUUUAAAUAAUCAUCUAGAAAAAGAAGCUUCUCUUUAUCCACUUGACUUCUGAAUUAUAUCCUUAGGUAUAGAUUAAUAUGGUAUGUUACCGCAGACAAAAAGAUUCAUGGCUACAAGGAAUUGGGAGCACCCAUAGUAGCAGCAAAAAAAGUAAGGCUUGGUAAUUAUAUGGAAUGUAACAUGAACUUCCUGGAAAUUCUUUAUGUAAUGCCUGUCUCCUGAAAGUUAUAAACAAUAGCCAUUUAGAAAUAGAGUUCCUGAAAUGGAUCAAGAAUAUAGGUCCUCUAGAAGUUUUCUAUCUCUGUCACCUUUGUUUUAUUUUUUGGUUGACAAGUCUGGUAUUCAUUUGAACUUGGUGCCCCUACCUCAAAGCCCCAUUAGUGCUUAAGUAUUGGUAGUGGGGUAAUGCCUGCAGAUCUGUUGUUCUUGUAGUUGGACAGUCCUUUUAGCAGGUUCAGUGUUGUAUAAGUAGUUAUGUCCUGCUCUUUCUGGAUCUAACCUAGAUUGCAGAGGUUUGAAGCUCUUUGAACAGAGAUAUAUUUUACAGAUUGAUUUGGUUGAUUGGUAGAUAGAUAGAUCGAUAGACAUGUAGAUAGAUAUACAGAUGUGUUCCCCCUGGCCUAACAAUGUAUUGUGAUAUUAAUUAAUAUUUACUGUAUGCCACAUUCAAAAUAUUUAGAUUCUCCGUGAAUGAGUUGCCCCUCCUACCCCAUCUGCAUGGUUAUUUUUAUAUAUACACAGCAUAUGCAGGGGACCACCAUUAUUUAUUGUUAACAUGGGCCUCAAAAAUAUAGUCAAUAACUAUUCAAUGAAUAGUGAUACACAGUAUCCCAUUGGAAUACAUUAUAAAAAGGCAUAAUGUAGACUAAAACAUAAUAACCAGCUGUGUAUUUAAGCAUAUAGUUCAUAUGAAUAUUCUCAUGAUAAUACUUUAAAUAGAAAUACAUACAUUUUUGCUAUAGAAAAAACAAUACAGAAAAGAAAUGCAAAUGUCAGAUGUUGUGAAUAUGGUGUAUUUUUUAGUCAUAACACGAGUUUGGCUGGGUGAUUGUCAGCGGGUUUCUGAAGAGACACGAGGGAUGGAUGCCCUUCGCACGGGUAAAUGGGGAGAGGAUCAUCAAGUUUUACAUCAGACCUCUCAUCUCCAUUUUCAAAUAUAUUUCUUGUGAAAGUUUUAGGGAGUGGUUACAGAGGAUGGGCAAGGGUCGUCAUGCUUUCCAUGAUUGACGUGUUGUUAUAUAGAAUAGAGUGAAGGAUAGUCUGCUUCUUUCCUGCAUUUGCUUUUAAUCUUCAAGUCCUAAUUUUGUAUAUAUACUGGGAUAAAGUUGCCAGCUAGUCUAUGAUGCUCAAAAUUCCUAAAUGAUACUUUGGGGGGAAUUUAAACAUCUUCCAAGAAUAAUGUAUUUAUGUGCUCAUCUAUUGGGCAGGUGGAAAGGGCCCACAAUUUACACAUUCCAUGUUUAUUUUUGAGUAUUUUCCUGUAUAACUCUGCCAAAGAGCUUCUCACAAGUGAUCAGAACAGAUCUGAAUUUUCUUGAAUAUCACAGUAUUGUUCAAAAAUUAAUUGAAAAAAUCCAUCUUAUCAGGCAUCAACUAAAUAUACA